GUCCCCCUUCAUCUGCGUGCACCUCAGAACCUAAAUCCCCUCCACACUGGGCUUCAGUUGGCCUACUCACAUACUUCACACUUCAACCUUCACCCCCCAAGCUCCACCAACCCCCUGGCUCACCUUACCCUUACCACCCGACCUUCCACGAGCCACCCCUCCACUCCAUGCAUUGAAUCGCGGGACCACAAAUUUCGCCCUCCACCAUCUCAACCACAAGAACAUCACGUCUUCCACUUUCCACUUCGUACCCUUUUCGGCGCAUGCGCUGGUGGAACGCAUGCAUAUUUCCCAACGACGGCCAUCAGAUUGGCAGAAGGGGUUGCAACUCGCAUAGCUAGCUACACUUCACAGUCAUGAAUGGAGACUCAAGUCUGGUGGUGAGACUUGUCGAACGCUUUACCUCGAGAGUAAGUACUCCAAUGGCCCGUCCGAAUCCGCAACGCCAUCUUCUUUUCUUGCUGAUGCCAUGUCUCUUUCUUAGCUUCCUCAUCGAACCGGUUCCGCUUCCUAUGGCUUCGCCAGCGACGACGUGGUUGCACUUUCCCGCUCGACUUUGAUAGGUGUUAGUUCAACCAGCAUAGCAGUGGUGGUAGAAACGCUCGUCCAGCUUCUCGAGGAGCUCGCCAGGCCGUACAGAGGAUUGCAAUCCCACCCGAUUCAUGUUCUUUACUCAGAACUAUACGUGCUGGGACUGUUGGCAGAAUGCUGCACGACGCAUUGGUCCGCCGUGAACAGGCCUUCAGAUGAAGACGAUUCGGAUGACGAUCAAGAGAAUUCAGAUGCGGGAAGCAGCUCAAGUCACCCCCUCCCCGGAUACGAUCAAAGGAGGAGAGCAUCCCGAAAUAAUAUUCAGGUACGGGACCAGCCGCCAGAACCAUUGAAGGAUGAUCUUGUGGGAAGGUUAUUCGAAGUUGUCAAGGUCUUUUCAAACCCAGUUUCGGAGACCUAUGUUCUUCCAAGCUCAGACAUACUGGACGAUUCAUUCAAAUCCUUCAGCAAUUGGGACAUCUUCGGUCCUGAAUUGAAUGAGUUUGCUGGUGAACGAAACGGCACGGAAGUUUCCAAGUUAAUCUCGAACAAAGCCGACUCGAUCGACGCCUACGUUAGAACCAUUUUGGAAUACUUAUCCUUCUCCAAUUGGCCUCGAGCUCUAGAAUACGUUAGGAAAUCUUUACAACAUGCGGCGCAUUCUGCUGUCAAUGGUGGAGUGCAAGCAAAUCUUCAAGGCGAAGACGAUAGAAGCGCUCUGAUUAUCAUUCGAUUCAUCUCUUGUUUCUGGGUGGAUUCUAGAAAACUCAGCAUUAUCAUACAGGAGCUAUGCGGCACCUUUUUGCACUUGCGAAAGUUAUUCCAAACGACCGUCGCAAUAAUAAUACCCCAGAUGAUCACUAGAUGGUUGGAAAGAUUUCCUCACGAGUUUAUUGCGCUGCACACGAAGCAAAAACGAUUAGAUGCCGGUAUGUCACACUUUUUCAUGGUUUUGAGCUCAGAUCGCCUCCCUUGGAUAUCUGAAGAGAAGCGAAACAGCUUUUGA